AUGGAAGACUCGCAUUUUGCUUUGGCACAUUUGGGUGGGGACUGGGCUGAUACAGCUGCAUUCGCUGUAUUUGAUGGUCACGGAGGGCGCGAAGUUGCAUGCUUUUGUCAGCAACGACUUCCCGUAGUAAUCGGAAAGCAGCCACGAGCACGUCCGACUGCUGCCUUGAGAAAGGCUUUUGAAAGCAUGGAUGAACUUCUGCGCGUACCAGAAGAACAAAGUUUUCUUCGAUCCUUUACUGGAACCACCCGAGGAGGAAAUACUCUACGAGAAGCUGGCCGCGUGGGUUGCACAGCUGUUGUGUGUUUGGUCCAGUCCAAACAACUGGUUGUGGCGAAUGCAGGUGACAGCAGGGUGGUUUUGUCACGAGGUGGUGUCGCGAUUCCCCUGUCAGAGGACCACAAGCCCAAUCUUCCGGCAGAACGUGUUCGGAUUCAGAGGGCCGGUGGAAAUGUCGAUCGGCAGCAGAUUGGCAACUUCAUCCAAUAUAGAGUAAACGGGAACCUGAACCUAUCUCGAACCAUCGGCGACUUGGACUACAAGCGCAACUUGUCACUUCCCAUGAGCGAGCAACUCAUCAGUUCUACGCCUGAUGUCAUGCUUUUUGACCGGACCGAGGACGACGAAUUUCUGCUUUUGGCAUGUGACGGGAUAUGGGAAGCAAUAAGUAGCCAAGAUGCCGUUGACUUCAUUAAAGAGCGCUUGCGUGGUGUUUCAGGUGCUAAAGCUCCCCUGUCCACUAUUAUGGAGGAGCUGCUGGACCAUUGCUUUGCGCCAGAUUUGAUAAGUUCAGGCGGGAUAGGAGGUGACAACAUGACUGCACUGCUUGUUCUCCUCCAGCCGGGAACGUGCAGACCUUAUCCAGAGGUUCAGAGCUCACAGGCUUCGCAGUUUUCAUCAUCUGGGACAGCAUCGUGGUGCUCCUGCCGCUAA